CGAUCAUGGGACACAAACUUGAUUGAAUGCAACCUGGACCAAGAGCUCAAACUUUUUGUAUCUCGACACUCUGCCAGAUUCUCUCCUGAUGUCCCAGGACAAAAGAUCCUUCAUCACCGAAGUGACAUCUUGGAAACGGUGGUUCUGAUCAACCCUUCCGACGAAGCAGUCAGCACAGAGGUGCGCUUGAUGAUCACGGACGCCGCCCGACAUAAGCUGCUUGUGCUCACUGGGCAGUGCUUUGAGAACACCGGAGAGCUCAUUCUCCAGUCCGGCUCUUUCUCCUUCCAGAACUUCAUAGAGAUUUUCACCGACCAAGAGAUUGGGGAGUUGCUGAGCACCACCCAUCCUGCCAAUAAAGCCAGCCUAACUCUGUUCUGUCCUGAAGAAGGGGACUGGAAGAACUCCAAUCUUGACCGACACAAUCUCCAAGACUUCAUCAAUAUUAAACUCAACUCAGCUUCUAUCUUGCCGGAAAUGGAAGGACUUUCUGAGUUUACCGAGUAUCUCUCAGAAUCUGUGGAAGUCCCAUCUCCCUUUGACAUCCUGGAGCCUCCCACCUCGGGUGGAUUUCUAAAGCUCUCCAAGCCCUGCUGUUACAUUUUCCCAGGCGGCCGGGGUGAUUCCGCCCUGUUCGCAGUGAAUGGAUUCAAUAUGCUCAUCAAUGGAGGCUCCGAAAGAAAAUCCUGCUUCUGGAAGCUCAUUCGGCACUUGGACCGAGUGGACUCCAUCCUGCUCACCCACAUUGGGGAUGACAACUUGCCUGGCAUCAAUAGCAUGCUGCAGCGGAAGAUCGCAGAGCUGGAAGAGGAGCAGUCCCAGGGCUCCACUACCAACAGUGACUGGAUGAAAAACCUCAUCUCCCCCGACUUAGGCGUUGUAUUUCUCAACGUACCUGAAAACCUAAAAAACCCAGAGCCCAACAUGAAGAUGAAGAGGAGCAUCGAAGAAGCGUGCUUCACUCUCCAGUAUCUGAGCAAAUUGUCCAUGAAACCAGAGCCUCUGUUUAGAAAUGUAGGCAAUGCCAUUGAACCUGUCAUCCUUUUCCAAAAGAUGGGAGUGGGCAAACUCGAGAUGUAUGUGCUUAAUCCAGUCAAGAGCAGUAAGGAAAUGCAGUAUUUUAUGCAGCAGUGGACUGGUACCAACAAAGACAAGGCUGAACUGAUUCUACCCAAUGGCCAAGAAGUAGAUAUCCCAAUUUCCUACUUGACUUCAGUCUCAUCCCUCAUUGUAUGGCAUCCGGCUAACCCUGCUGAGAAAAUCAUUCGAGUUCUCUUUCCAGGAAACAGCACCCAGUACAAUAUCUUAGAAGGACUGGAAAAACUCAAACAUUUAGACUUUCUGAAGCAGCCGCUGGCCACCCAAAAAGAUCUCACUGGCCAGGUACCCAGCCCUGCCGUGAAACAAGUCAAACUCAAGCAGAGAGCUGAUAGCCGAGAGAGUCUGAAACCAGCUGCAAAACCACUGGUCAGCAAAACAGUACGGAAAGAGUCAAAGGAAGAAACACCUGAUGUUGUCAAAGCCAGCCAAGUGGAAAAGACCCCCAAAGCUGAAAGCAAAGAAAAAGUAAUAGUGAAAAAAGACAAGCCACUGAAAGCAGAGACCAAACCUCCAGUGACAGAAAAGGAGGUGCCCAGCAAAGAAGACCAGCCUCCAGCCAAAGCCGACAUAGCUGAGAAGCAAGCCACAGACGUCAAACCCAAAGUCACCAAAGACAAGGUGAUAAAGAAGGAAACAAAGCCAAAAGCCGAAGAAAAGAAAGAGGAGAAGGAAAAGCCCAAGAAAGAGGUAGUCAAGAAGGAGGACAAAACACCUAUCAAGAAGGAAGACAAGCCCAAAAAGGAGGAGGUGAAAAAGGAAGUCAAGAAGGAAGUCAAGAAAGAAGAGAAAAAAGAGCUCAAGAAAGACGUUAAGAAGGAAACACCACUGAAAGACGCCAAGAAGGAAGUUAAGAAAGAUGAAAAGAAGGAAAUUAAAAAGGAUGAAAAGGAACCCAAGAAAGAAAUCAAGAAACUCCCUAAAGAUGUAAAAAAACCUUCAACGCCACUAUCGGAAGCUAAAAAACCAGCUGCUUUGAAGCCAAAAGUCACCAAGAAGGAGGAGCUCAUCAAGAAAGAGUCUGUUCCUGCCAGCAAGCUCAAGGAUAAAGGGAAAAUUAAAGUCGUGAAGAAGGACAGCAAGACGGCAGAGCCUGCGGCUACUGCCAUCGGCACAGUGACCACCGCGGCAGCUGCAGCCGCAGCUGGAAUGGCAGCCACCGGCCCCGCCAAAGAACUGGAAGCUGAGAGGUCCCUCAUGUCAUCCCCUGAGGAUCUCACCAAGGACUUUGAAGACUUAAAGGCCGAAGAGAUCGAUGUGGCAAAAGACAUCAAGCCUCAGCUAGAACUCAUGGAAGGUGAAGAGAGGCUAAAGGAAACUGAGCCAGUGGAAGCCUACGUCAUCCAGAAAGAGACUGAAGUCAUCAAAGGUCCUGCUGAGUCCCCCGAUGAGGGAAUCACGACCACCGAAGGCGAGGGAGAGUGCGAGCAGACCCCAGAGGAGCUGGAGCCGGUGGAGAAGCAGGGGGUGGAGGACAUUGAAAAGUUCGAGGAUGAAGGAGCAGGUUUUGAGGAAUCCUCCGAAACGGGAGACUAUGAAGAGAAGGCAGAGACAGAGGAGGCUGAGGAGCCGGAAGAGGACGGAGAAGAAAAUGUAUGUGAGAGCAUCUCAAAGCACAGCCCGCUGGAGGAAGAGGAGAGCGCCAGGGUGGAGGCAGACGUGCACCUCCAGAAGAAGAGGGAGUCUGUGGCCAGCGGUGGUGAUGACCGAGCAGAGGAAGACAUGGACGAGGCAGUUGAGAAGGGAGAAGCUGAGCUGUCGGAGGAGGAAGGUGAGGAAGACAAGGCAGAGGAUGCCAGAGAGGAAGACUACGAGCCUGCAAAACUCGAAGCUGAAGACUAUGUGAUGGCCGUGGUGGACAAGGCCGCGGAGGCCAGCGGUACAGAGGACCAGUAUGGAUUCCUCACUACCACCACCAAGCAGCCCGGAGCCCAGUCUCCUGGCCGCGAACCUGCAUCUUCAAUUCAUGAUGAGACUUUGCCUGGAGGCUCAGAGAGUGAGGCCACAGCCUCCGAUGAGGAGAAUCGAGAAGACCAGCCCGAAGAAUUCACAGCCACUUCUGGCUACACGCAGUCUACUAUUGAGAUCUCCAGCGAGCCCACCCCAAUGGAUGAGAUGUCCACUCCCCGCGAUGUCAUGAGCGACGAGACCAACAAUGAAGACACGGAGUCCCCCUCCCAGGAGUAUGUCAACAUCACCAAAUAUGAGUCUUCACUGUAUCCUCAGGAAUACCCCAAGCCUGCAGUUGCAUCCUUCAAUGGGUUAUCUGAUGGGUCCAAAACAGAUGCCACCGACGGCAAGGAUUACAACGCCUCGGCAUCUACCAUAUCACCACCCUCCUCCAUGGAGGAAGACAAGUUCAGCAAAUCGGCCCUGCGCGAUGCUUACUGCUCUGAAGAGAAAGAAGGGAAAACCAGUGCCACGUUGGACAUCAGAGCUUCUGUCUCACCAAUUCCGGAUGAAAGACUCAGCCCCGCCAAGAGCCCAUCCCUGAGCCCAUCUCCACCAUCACCCAUCGAGAAGACCACCCCCCUGGGUGAGCGUAGUGUCAACUUCUCUCUGACGCCCAAUGAGAUUAAAGUCUCUACGGAGGCGGAGGCAGUCCCAGUGUCUCCUGAGGUGACCCAAGAAGUCGUUGGGGAACACUGUGCCAGUCCUGAGGAGAAGACUCUCGAAGUGGUGUCACCAUCUCAGUCGGUGACCGGCAGUGCUGGUCACACCCCUUACUACCAGUCUCCAACCGAGGAGAAGUGCAGUCACCUCCCGUCCGAGAAAGCACCGGCAGUUCCCGUGAGUUUUGAAUUCAGCGAGGCCAAAGACGAGAACGAAAGAGCUUCCAUCAGCCCCAUGGAUGAGCCGGUGCCCGAUUCAGAAUCUCCUAUCGAGAAGGUUCUGUCUCCCUUACGCAGCCCUCCCCUGAUUGGGUCUGAGUCUGCCUAUGAAAGCUUCCUAAGUGCCGAAGGAAAGGUUGGAAAGCCAGGAUCUCCAGACCACUUAAGUCCAGAGUCAGGGAUGACCUCUACUGGCCUUUACCAAGACAAACAGGAAGGGAAAAGUACAGAUUUUAUACCAAUCAAGGAAGACUUCGAUCCAGAAAAGAAAACCGACAUGGAAGCCAUGCAUUCGCAACCAGCACUGGCUUUGGAUGAAAGGAAAUUGGGAGGAGAUAUUUCGCCAACACAAAUAGAUGUCAGUCAGUUUGGCUCCUUCAAAGAAGACACGAAGAUGUCCAUUUCUGAAGGCACUGUCUCAGACAAGUCAGCCACGCCUGUAGAUGAGGGUGUGGCAGAAGACACAUACUCCCACAUGGAAGGGGUGGCCUCCGUCUCCACUGCCUCUGUGGCGACGAGUUCAUUUCCUGAGCCAACAACAGACGACGUGUCUCCGUCUCUGCACGCUGAGGUCGGUUCCCCGCACUCCACAGAAGUAGAUGACUCCCUGUCAGUGUCUGUGGUACAAACACCUACCACUUUCCAGGAAACGGAAAUGUCUCCAUCUAAGGAAGAAUGCCCAAGGCCAAUGUCAAUUUCCCCUCCAGACUUCUCCCCUAAGACAGCCAAAUCCAGGACACCCGUUCAAGACCACCGAUCUGAACAGUCUUCUAUGUCUAUUGAAUUUGGCCAAGAAUCUCCUGAGCACUCUCUAGCUAUGGACUUUAGCCGACAGUCCCCAGAUCACCCGACCAUGGGUGCGAGUAUGCUCCACAUCACCGAAAAUGGGCCCACUGAAGUGGACUACAGUCCUUCUGACAUGCAGGACUCCAGCUUGUCUCACAAGAUACCCCCGAUGGAGGAACCUUCCUCCACCCAGGAUAAUGAUCUGUCUGAGCUCAUCUCCGUGUCUCAGGUGGAGGCCUCUCCGUCCACCUCCUCUGCUCACACUCCUUCUCAGAUAGCUUCUCCUCUUCAAGAAGACACUCUAUCCGAUGUCGUCCCUCCCAGAGAGAUGUCCCUGUAUGCCUCACUCACCUCUGAAAAGGUCCAAAGUCUGGAAGGAGAGAAGCUCUCUCCAAAAUCUGAUAUCUCUCCACUCACCCCCAGGGAGUCCUCUCCUUUAUAUUCACUCGGCUUCUCAGAGUCUACCUCUGCCCUGAAAGAGAACUCAGAGGCCUGCCACCCCUCCUCCUCUCCGCCAAGAGAUGCCACCUCCACCGAGUCCUAUGGCUUCCGGGCCUCCAUGCUGUUCGACACCAUGCAACACCACCUGGCCUUGAAUCGAGAUUUGACCUCAUCUGACAGUGGAGGAAAGACACCUGGUGACUUCAGCUAUGCCUACCAAAAGCACGAGAAAACCACCCGGUCCCCAGACGAAGAAGACGAUGACGAUGACUACGAGUCUUAUGAGAAAACCACCCGGCCCUCAGAUGUGAGUGGCUAUUAUUAUGAGAAGACAGAGAGAACCAUAAAAUCUCCAUGUGACAGCGGCUACUCCUACGAGACCAUCGAGAAAACCACCAGGCCUUCCGAAGUUGGGGGCUACGCCUGCGAGAUCACAGAGAAGACCACGAGGACCCCCGAAGAGGGCGGGUACUCCUACGAGAUAACCGAGAAGACGACGAGGACCCCAGAAUUGAGCGGUUACAGCUAUGAAAAGACCGAGAGGUCUAGAAAGGUCCUGGAUGACAUCAGCAACGGCUAUGAAGACUCUGAGGAUGGAGGCCACACCCUUGGGGACUCUAGCUACUCCUAUGAGACCACAGAGAAAAUUACUAGCUUCCCCGAGUCGGAAAGCUAUUCCUAUGAGACAUCUACAAAAUUGACCCGCAGCCCUGAAACGUCCACAUACUGUUUUGAGACCAUGGAGAAAGUCACAAAAACCCCCCAGGCAUCUACGUAUUCCUAUGAGACUUCAGACCGAUGCUACCCUGCGGAGAAGAAGUCUCCCUCAGAGGCCCGCCAAGAUGUGGAUUUGUGCCUCGUGUCCUCCUGCGAAUACAAGCACCCCAAAACAGAGCUCUCACCUUCCUUCAUUAAUCCCAACCCUCUGGAGUGGUUUGCCAAUGAAGAAGAGCCCACUGAAGAGUCCGAGAAGCCCCUCACUCAGUCAGGGGGAGCCCCUCCACCCCCGGGAGGAAAGCAACAGGGGCGUCAGUGUGAUGAGACCCCUCCCACCUCAGUCAGUGAGUCAGCGCCAUCCCAGACAGACUCCGACGUGCCCCCAGAGACAGAAGAGUGUCCUUCCAUCACAGCCGAUGCCAACAUCGACUCUGAAGACGAAUCCGAAACCAUCCCCACAGACAAAACUGUCACCUACAAACACAUGGAUCCUCCUCCGGCCCCCAUGCAGGACCGCAGCCCUUCUCCCCGCCACCCGGACGUGUCCAUGGUGGACCCAGAGGCCUUGGCCAUCGAGCAGAAUCUAGGCAAAGCUCUGAAGAAAGACCUGAAAGAGAAGGCCAAGACCAAGAAGCCAGGCACAAAGACCAAGUCCUCUUCCCCCGUUAAAAAAGGUGAUGGGAAGUCUAAGCCCUUGGCAGCUUCCCCCAAACCUGGGGCCUUGAAAGAAUCCUCAGAUAAGGUAUCCAGAGUAGCUUCUCCUAAGAAGAAAGAAUCUGUGGAAAAAGUCACGAAAACCACCACCACUCCUGAAGUCAAAGCCGCACGUGGGGAGGAGAAAGACAAGGAGACCAAGAAUGCCGCCAAUGCCUCCACAUCCAAAUCCGUGAAGACGGCCACUGCAGGACUAGGAACCACCAAGACAGCCAAGUCAUCUGCUGUGCCUCCAGGCCUCCCCGUGUAUUUGGACCUGUGCUAUAUUCCCAAUCACAGCAAUAGUAAGAACGUUGAUGUUGAGUUUUUCAAGAGAGUGCGGUCGUCCUACUAUGUGGUGAGUGGGAAUGACCCUGCUGCUGAGGAGCCCAGCCGGGCUGUGCUGGAUGCCUUGUUGGAAGGGAAGGCUCAGUGGGGCAGCAACAUGCAGGUGACAUUGAUUCCAACUCAUGACUCAGAGGUGAUGAGAGAAUGGUACCAGGAAACCCAUGAGAAGCAGCAAGACCUCAACAUCAUGGUCCUAGCAAGCAGUAGCACAGUGGUUAUGCAAGAUGAAUCCUUCCCUGCAUGCAAGAUAGAACUGUAAAAAUCACGGCCAGCCACCCCACAGGAUCUGAACUUUGUUUCCAGAAAAUUCUUCAAUUUGAAACUACCUUUUCUAAAACAUCCAUUCAUCUAAUUAAGUCGCCGAACAAUUACCUGCCAAAAUGCUAUACUGUGUCACGGUGAUACGAGUCACUAAUAUUUCUCAGUUUUUUGCUGAUUGCUAAGGGAAAUAACAGUAUUCCCAUAAUAGGGUUCAAGUUACUGCAAAAUUACCUGCCCCCCUUCAUCUCUGCUGAACAUUUGAAAACCAUGCACUAGCAAACCCAACUGUGACUUCUGCUAGGUGGAGGCAUUUGUCUUAGAGUGAGCAAGAAAGAGGGAGAGAGAGGGAAAGAGAGAGGAGGAGGGUGAGGGAGAGAGGGAGGGAGUGAGGGAGUGAGCGAACAAAGAGAAUGCAGGAGAGAAAGAGGGA